AUGAGUCUUUUUAAUUUAACGGCGACUCCAUCUAGUAAUACAAGUCUGUUUGCACAAUCAACACCUGUGAAUCAAACGCGAACGGGUAGCGGAUUAUUCUUUGGUAAUACUACAGCAACACAACCGAGUACACUUCCAUUAACACCUUUCAGCGGUUCAACAACUCUGUUUGGUGCAUCAACGCCUGCCUCGACAACUUUGCAAGGUUCCUCGUCGGGAACAGGUUCGAUCCAUAAGUUCGAUCCUGUAAAUGGGAUCGAUAAAAUGAAUAGAAACAACAUUCAAGUUCAAAUUAAAACAAAGAUCUAUAAUUUAUGUGCGAUGCCAGUCUAUGAGAAAAAGUCAAUGGAGGAAAUUCGAUUAGAAGAUUAUGUUGAUAAUCGAAAAUUUCCAUCGUCGACCACGACAGCAACGGGUUUGUUUCAACCAGCAUCAUCCACAACAUCUCCAUUUGGUGUUUCAUCAACAACAACAAAUCCUGCAAUAUCAACACCAAGUCUGUUUGGUUCGACAGCGGCGACGACGACUGCACCAACACUAACCAGCACUUUAUUCGGAAAUAAACCAGCUGCAACGACAGCAUCAUCAUUGUCAUUUUCAUUUGGUUCGACACCAGCCACGACAACAGUAGCUAACACUACACCAUUUCCAUUCGGUUCGUCAACAACGACUACAGCAAAUCCACCUAGUAUAUUUGGUAGUAGUGUACCAAGUUCUGCACCAGCUACUACAGCAGCACCAUUUACAUUCGGUAGCAGUCAACCUCAACCAGCAGCAACUGCAACUGCACCAACAUUUUCUUUUGGUGGUACCACUGGUUCAUCAUUGUUUCCAGCUGCUAGUACAGCACCCUCAACUUCAUUCGGAUUUUCAGUCACAAAGCCAACCACUGCAUCAACGUUUUCAUUUACACCAGCAACAGCAACAUCGACAGCAUCGGCAACAACAGUGCCGUCAUUUGGUCUCUUUCCGACAGCAACAGCAGCUUCAACUACUGCUCCUACACUAUUUUCAGCAGCAACGCAACCAACAGCCAUGCCACCUAUUCUUACCACCCAAUCCUCUGUUGAUACAAAGACUCAUUUGCAAUUGUUUCAAACCAUGCUUAACAUACAACCAUUCAACAAUGAACUUGCCUUUCUGGCCAAAAACAUCAAACCAAAUAUUGGCCUGGAUCGAGCUCGUCUUCGCACUGCACCUGACUCGACAAAUGCUCAUCCAUUGAACAAUGUCUUCUCGCCUCUUGUGACUAAAACAUCUGUGCUUGCAUCCGGUACAUCGACACCUCCCACAGUUUUAGUAAAUCCAUUACCAACCCAUUCUCAUACAUUACCAUCUGUUCUCUUGCCAUCAUCCAAUGCAAGUGCAUCAAUCGCUUUGUUUGGCAAACGAAAGUUAGCUGACUCAUUUCUUGAUGAUGACGAUGACAAUUCUUUGAUGAUGGACGAUGGACCCUCGUCGACAUCAACAGCAAUUCAUAAACUAUCGAAAAACAAUGCUAUUAAACGGCCACGUGUUCUUGACAUGAACAAAAUUCGUUCAGUUGUUCUUGGUGGUUUGAGCAAUGGAACAACUAAUGAGACAAUUACCAAAGAAGAAAAUCUUUCAGACACAUAUGUAGUCAAACCAACAUCAGACAAUUUGUCGACAUGGAAAAAAUUUGCUACAUACGACGCGUAUCUAGCUUCAAAAAAACCAGCGGUUGACACCAUUCGUCAUGUAGAAGAAGAUCGACAAGUCAGUGUGAAGAAUGCGUUCGAACAAGAGCGAGCUUUUCGUUUACCAAGAUUGACACAUGAUGAUUAUUAUACGAAACCAAGUAUUGAUGAAUUACGGCAUUGUUUUAACGAACAAGGACAGUGUUUUGUGAAGGAAUUUACUGUCGGAAGAGAACAUUAUGGAUCGGUGACAUUUCAGGGUGCAAAAAUCAAUGUAGCAGGUCUUGAUCUUAACCAAUUAAUUGAAAUCGAUCGUCGACAAGUAACUGUUUAUCCUGAUGAUAGUCGCAAACCGGCAGAAGGUGAAGAGUUGAAUUGUCAAGCGCGCAUCUCUUUAUUAGGCGUUUACCCAAUCGAUCGUUCGAUAUCGAAUGGUGGUGAAGAAGUGACUGAUCCUGAUCGAUUGAUUGAGAUGAAUUAUGGAAACUAUUUACUUGAAAUGACAAAGAAAUUCCAAGGAAAGUUCAUCGAUUAUGAUGUUUAUACAGGAACAUGGACAUUUAAAGUUGAACAUUUCUGA